GCUGUGUUGCUCCUCUGUAGCAGCGCACCAUUGUCUGCUGUCUGCAUUCUAACCCUUGCUGUGGGGAAAACUGCAUGCUGUACGCUGGAGCUGUUGGCUAAAGUGAUAAACCUUUGGGUGUGGAAUACCUUUCACCGUUCUGUAGUGUAGAGCACUUUGGUUUUUGAGAUGUGCAGUGCAGUCACCGGUGGUGUGAAGUGUAGGUGACGUCUUUCUUCCCCUGCUUUCUUCUACCGUGUUGCAAAGUUGCAAGGGUCAGUGUUGACGCAUUGGACAGUCUGAGUCUGCUGUGCAACGUGCUGAAGCAGUUUUAAUCAGUGAUCAGGAUGAAGAUUGAUAUCCAUACUCAUAUUCUGCCCAGGGAAUGGCCCAAUCUGAAAGAGAGGUAUGGAUAUGAUGGAUUUGUCCAGCUGCACCACCACUGUAAAGGAGAAGCAAAAAUGAUGAAGGAUGGGAAAUUGUUCCGUGUGAUUCAGGAGAACUGCUGGGAUGCUGAAGCUCGGAUACGGGACAUGGAUAAGCAUGGUGUAACAGUACAAGCCCUCUCUACAGUACCUGUAAUGUUCAGUUAUUGGGCCAAACCUCAGGACACUCUGGAUCUGUGUGGGAUCCUAAACGAUGACCUCGCAGCCACAGUCCGGCGGUACCCUAAGCGCUUCGUUGGGUUGGGAACGCUGCCCAUGCAGGCUCCUGAGCUGGCUGUGCAGGAGAUGAGACGCUGUGUGAAGGAAUUGGGGUUUCCUGGAGUGCAGAUUGGAUCACACGUCAACACCUGGGACCUUAACGCUCCUGAGCUUUAUCCUAUCUAUGCUGCUGCUGAGGAGCUAAACUGUGCUAUAUUUGUUCAUCCCUGGGACAUGAAGACAGACGAACGAAUGGCCAAGUACUGGCUGCCGUGGCUAGUCGGUAUGCCCUCAGAAACUACAAUAGCAAUCUGCUCUAUGAUAUUCGGGGGGAUUUUUGAGAGAUUUCCUAAACUAAGGGUGUGCUUUGCUCAUGGAGGUGGUGCUUUUCCCUACACUAUUGGUCGAAUUGAGCAUGGCUUUAAUGUGAGGCCUGAUCUGUGUGCCACAGACAAUAAAAUCAAUCCUCGUAAAUACCUCAGAUCUUUUUACACCGAUUCACUGGUUCACGACCCCCUCGCUCUUCAAUUGCUCAUUGAUGUCAUUGGACAGGAUAAAGUAAUUUUAGGAACAGAUUACCCAUUUCCACUUGGGGAACUGGAGCCAGGAACACUGAUAGAAUCAAUGAGUGGAUUUGACAGCACACUAAAGGAUAAUCUUCUGGCUGGAAAUGCUCUUGAAUUUUUAGGUCUUCAGAGGGAACAGUUUGAGUAAUAUCCAAAGUAUUCUGCUGCCUUCCUGAUGGAGGAAUGCUGGAUCAGCAAAUAAAGACGGCAGAGGAAUGUUGCUGCUGAUAGAACUGAUUAAAUGUGAUAUUUUCUGACAACAAA